GUGAGUGCUCUUGCUGCAUCCUCCUCUCUCUGUCUGCCAGACGCACCAGACAGACUCAGACAGAGCGACAACAUGGACCCAAACACGACCAUUCUACGAGUCAAACGAAAAAGGGGGACCGAUCCGGCAGAUGCUUUGCUGUUGGCCUGUAAACGUAUCCGACCGGAGACUAACCAGAGUGCGGGCGAAACGGUACCGGAGCCCAAUGAGGAGGAGGUGGAAAACUCUGUCUUCAAACUCGUGGCAACCGUAGCGACACAGGAUGCUCCAGUUCAGACGCAAGUUCGCCAGGCUUUGGCCAGGCCUCGCAUGGCCCAUGCACUUCGGCCCUCUGCUGCCAGUUCACAGAGAAUCGUCGGUGAUCUACGGAGCACAAAGUGGAGCACCAGGCGGGAGGAACGGUACAGACUGAUUUCCAGCCACCGUGCAGGCCUGUCAAGCCCAGCUGAGCAACAGAACCCGCAGACAGAUGCUCCAGAGGGUGGAGAGGAUACUGGGAAAGAGCGGGAUAAACGUUGGGGUCUUGGUGAAAUCCAGGUGGUUGAUCUGGUGCAUGAGGAUGUGGAAGACCAGGGCAAAUCAUGUGGCAAGACAUCCUCAGACCCAGAAACGAUUCUGUGUAACAACACUAAGAUGAUGCGGGAGCGUCUGAGCGUAUCCGGAGAGCGACUCGGGGAAGAACACCGGGAGCAGGACGAUGACUACGUCUAUGACCUGUACUACCAGGAAACGGUCACACCAGGGUGGAUCCAGGACAUCCUGUCUGUCAGGGCCUAUGCCGAUGAGGGAGAACUGGUGCCUGACCUCGUGGUGCAUGAAGAGGAGGUGUAUGAAGAUGAAGACGACGAGAACGAGGAAAGCAACUGGAGGAACGACUAUCCCGAUGAGGAGAGUGACGGAGACAGUGACAGGGAGGAGCGCUAUGGUGGUUACUGGGAGGAGGAACACUCGUACAGCCGGAGGAGCUGGGACCACUACCAGAGAGAAGUGCUGCACGAACUCGGCUGUCGUGAUGGCGACGACGAUGACGAUGAUGGGGACAAAUAUGAUUCUGACUGAUCUAUCCCUUAACCCACUGUGGAUCUACCCAAUGCCCUUUCCACAAAUAACUCUGAUCUCGUACAUGUCUGUGUAGGAGAGAGAGGGAAAUUACUAGAAUGGUACAUGAUACAAAAUAUUUUUUUUUUUGUCAGAUUUCACUGAUAAACAUCCUGAUUUGAAUAGAGAUGGCAGUUUUCUGUUGGAUUUUAUUUUGUGGUGAAACUAAACUUGAAGACACUAAAACAAAUGCAUUCAUGGCUUGUAUCUAUGACCAUCUUCUUAAGCCGAAGUCCUCUCUUUACUACACAGAUGUCAAAGAGUUCGGCGUUAUCUCCAGAGUCUUUUGUUUAUUUUUAACUGGUGGAGUGAAUUUCGUAUGGGUGUUUGUUCAAAGUGGACGUGUGUGUUAGAAAAUGUUGCACAUUAGCGUGACUUGCUUUGUAUGCUUCGUGCUGUUCAACCUUCUGUUAGUGUGAUGUCUUGGGCCGCGUGCGGUUGCAAAUUAGGGUGUUUGCCUUUCGUGCAUGUGUGUACGUGUAAUUGUGUGUUAGACUUGGCAUAAUGUGAAAGCGUGGUGCGUAAUUUCUGUUGUGCGUAUGCGAGUUUGGUUCAGAAGGUCCAUUUUUGAAGUUUGGAUUGUUUCUCUCGGAUGCUUGUUGAAUUAAAAGUUUUUGUAAAUAUGUAGAUGUGUAUAAAAAGAAAGCUUUCAAAAUAA